UCCUAUUAUGCACUGCGCGCGUGAAAACGUCCUUCUCUGAGGCCAUUGUAACAGAAGGCUCACUGGGAACUAGAGUCUUUUCUCGCCACCUCCCAUUUUCCACAGGUUUCGCGAGAUUUACAUUGGAGGGUUGGUGUGUGGCAACAUUUCCCUGCCAGACGAACUGAACAAUACUGAUAUGAAAUCAGCAUAAAGCCUUUGAACCUCUGGAGGCAUGUCCAAGAAAAGGGGCAGAAAGCGGAGCAGCGGGGAGCUGAGUGACACAGUAACCCCAGACCCCAACAGCAUUCUGGGAGUCCGCAUUCAACAUAACUGGCGUGAGAAGGGGAAUCAGAGCAAAUGGAAGGGAACAGUGCUGGACAGGCUUAGUGUAAAUCCUUCUCUCUUCAUGGUGAAGUAUGAUGGCUUUGAUUGCGUUUACGGCAUCGAGCUGUUCAAGGACGAGAGGGUGUCUAACCUGCAGGUCCUGUCAGAAAGUGUUGUAAACAAUAAAAUCAAGAUACCUCCAGGGGUGGAGGAGCUGGUGGGCAAAGCUGUGGAGCAUCUGUUUGAGAAGGAGGAUGGAGAGAAGAAUGAGUGGCGAGGCAUGGUCCUCUCCAGAGCUCCAAUCAUGACCAACUGGUAUUAUAUCACUUAUGAAAAGGACCCUGUUCUUUAUAUGUACCAGCUGUGGGAUGACUACGCUGAUGGAGACCUCAGGAUUCUGCCUGAAGCAGAAAAUAAGCACCUGUUGCCUGCAGACAGGAAGCCAGGAGAAGAGACAGAGAGUCUGGUGGGGAAACAAGUAGAAUAUGUUACCGACAAGGGUAUGAAGAGAACAGGCCUGGUCAUUUACCAGGUUCCAACCAAGCCCUCUGUCUACUACAUCAAAUAUGAUGAUGACUUUCAUAUCCAUGUCUAUGACCUGGUCAAAACUACCUAGAGAUUGUGGACACAUUUAUCUCACUCUCCAGAUUCCCCUCUGUAUGCUUCUGCUCCACGCAUUGUUAUGUUCUGUUACUCAAAGCCAUGGCAGGAGUAUGCUUUGUUUUUCAGAAGUGCAAUCAGUUUUUUAUGUGCAGCAGAACUGUAGCACAGUUAUGCUUGGCUAUUUCAAGGAGAGGGGGUCACAUUGUUUUAUUGUUGCUGCUCUACUUUAUACUUUUGUGUUUGGACAGUCCAAUGUUGCACUGCCUAAUAGCUGCAAGGUGCAGUUGAUGCUGCAUUUCCAAUCCCUGAGAUACUCGCUGAUCUGAUCUGUGAUUAUCUUAAUGCUAGUAUGACUAAAGCAUUGUUCAAAAUAAAACUAGUUUUAUUGGAUUAACUAACUAGCUAAUGAGCUUGGGAUGUGCAUUUUCCACUGCAUAAAUGCCUUCCAAAAUCACCUUAAUGAAGCCCUUAAUAUUUUCAAAAGCAAUUCAGAUGGAUUAUGCUCAUAUAGAUAUAUCUUACUGCACUUUUGCACCAUAUUUAGUAUUGUAGUAUGCAUAGCUUUAUAAUAGUCACAGUUUCACACUGGACAUCUUUUAGUGUAAUCUUGAAGGAAGGUUUCUCUGUAAGCUUUAAAUCUUAACAGCAUGGGAACAUCAAAUUCAUUGUGCUGGUAAUUAAGAUGCUAAAUUCCCAUUUGAAUUUGAUCCCAGACAAAUCAUCAAGUGCCUUUUGGCUUGGCAUUUUGCAAUAUUGUACAUAGUGGGUCUGUGGUGCUUUGCUUUUAAUAAUUAAUGCAUAUGAAGUCUGCUGUUUUAGUUUUCAUUCAGAAGUGGCAAUUGUUUGCUACCCUCAGUUCAUAUUAGUGCUGUAUUUUGCUCUUAAUGUAGUAUGAAAACAUUCUUUAAAUAUAACACACGUCAUUAUUGGUUGUAUCUCACUAUUGAUGUUGUGGGGAGCACUUUAAUUGUAUAAAGUUUACAAUGUUGAGGUCAUGGUAUAGUUUCUCCAAAAUGCUUUUUCCUUAAGAGCAAAUGUUGAAAAAUAAUGCAUUAUGUCACCCACAUAAAGAAAAGGGAAAACAAUGCUAGCUGCAAUACAUUCAGAAGACAGUAUUUAAUGUAUACAACUUGUGUAAAAUUCCUUGUAAUGUUACCUAUUGUCAAUGCUCAUUUAUAUGAAUAUCUCAUUAAAACACCAACAUUUAGGGAAAGGGUCAUUAUAUAUAUAUUUGAAUUAUCAACUGGAUAUUUAACAUAUAUAAUCAACUGACAAACCAGUCUGUCAACAGCAACUAACUCAAUAUAUACUUGCUCUCUCUGUCUUGCAAACAUGACAUGUAGGCAUGCAGUAUGGAUUACAUUCUAAGUUUGUCACUAUGUCUUAUUUGCUUAAUUGGCUUUACCCAUCUGAAAUUCAUUUAGUGUAACCCUCAGUAAAUAGCACCACAGCAGGUAUAAUGUUACCGUUCAGCUGUCAGAGCUCCUAGAGAAUUUCAAACCAUGCUUUGACAGUGGAGAAGUGACCGUGUUUGGCAGAAUCAGUACUGUAUGUUUAAUUCACAUUAAAAUACAAAAAAGUCUUAACACUGUAUGUCACUGCUAGUGGUGCUGUGGAGUGUUUCUAUGUUGUGUAGAGUGGAGUUACAAAUGCACGCUCUUCUUGCUUUCAAUCACCACCUCCUGAAGUUGUAGCAGCAUCAACAGGCAAUUUGUGUCAUUAUUAGUCAUGCAUAAUAAAGAUUUUUACAGAUUUG